GAGAACGUUUUGUUUCAACGAGAUGCUGGACUCUUUUACAGAGAGCUGGGUAAGCAGACUAUCUGGGUCACUUCCCCGCCAUCCGAGUCUGAGAUCGAACAGUAUUGGGGUGGUAUCCUAGAAACUGAGGUACAUCACAAUGAGUCUGCCUUCUGGCUGAGAUGUCAAACCGAUGACGAGACGCACCGGAAAGAUGAGCAGCAGUGGUUACCUAUCUCAGACAGUGAGGUCACAUCGUGUCUCAAAAGGAUGGGGAACUGGAAGUCUCCUGGUCCAGACAAGGUUUAUGGUUUCUGGGUCAAGCGUAUCAUGUGUCUUCACACUGAUCUGACUCGUAACUACAACCUGCUGGUUCAGAAUCCAGACUCUGUACCCGACUGGUUGUCUCAAGGAAUAACUACUCUGAUUCCUAAGAAUGACAAGACUGACCAGGCCAAAAAUUACCGGCCUAUCACGUGUCUGUCUGUCUUCUAUAAGACCCUCACCUCAGUCAUCAGGCAGAGGAUUGCAGGGCAUUUGGAUCAGAGAAACCUCAUGGCUUCGGAGCAGAAGGGUUGUCGACAGGGAUCUUUUGGUGCAAAGGAUCAGCUGUUGAUCAACAAACUGCUUACCGAAGACUGUAAGACCAGGCACAAGAGCUUGAGCAUGGCACAGUCUCCAACAAAGACGUGUCUUUAA